AUGGGGCUUGGCUUUUUUGGUUCUGUUCUGGUUUUAACACUGUUCUUCAGGCCUUUAGUUUCUCAACAACCCAAUACAGAUGGGUUCUUUGUCUCUGAUUUCUUGCAAAAUAUGGGUUUAAACUCUUCUACAGCUUACAACUUCUCUACCCCUGUUUGUUCAUGGCAAGGUGUAUUCUGUGAUGCCAAACAAGAAAAUGUGAUUGGGCUUUCUGCUUCCGGGUUGGGUCUGUCUGGUUUGAUUCCUGAUACCACCAUUGGAAAACUCAGAAACCUUCAAUCUUUGGAUCUAAGCAAUAACAAAAUCACUGGUUUGCCUUCUGAUUUCUGGAGUUUGGGUUCACUUAAGACCCUUAAUCUCUCAUAUAACCAAAUAUCUGGGAACCUUCCAAGCAACAUAGGCAAUUUUGGUCUACUUGAAAGCUUGGACCUUUCUUGCAACAAUUUCUCUUGGAAUAUCCCUGAAGCUUUAAGUUCUCUUGUCAGUUUGCAAGUUCUUAAAUUGAACCAGAAUGGGUAUGAAUCAAGCAUUCCAAUGGGGAUUCUGAACUGUCAUUCUUUGGUUUCCAUUGAUCUCUCAUCAAACAAUCUGGCUGGUACUCUUCCUGAUGGUUUUGGUGCUGCAUUUCCUAAGCUCAAGUCCUUGAACCUUGCCGGCAAUGAAAUUACCGGAAGGGAUUCGGACUUCUCGGGGAUGAUAUCUGUGGUGUAUCUAAACAUUUCUGGGAAUCAGUUUCAGGGUCCUGUGAUAGAUGUUUUUCAAGAGUCAUUGGAGGUGAUUGAUUUAAGCCAAAACCAGUUUCAAGGUCAUAUAUCUAAGGUAAAUUUCAGUUCCACCUUCAAUUGGUCUCAUUUAGCUUAUCUGGACUUAUCUGAAAAUCAACUUAGUGGAGAGUUUUUCAAUAACUUGAAUCAAGCCCAGAAUCUCAAACACCUCAAUCUUGCACACAAUAGAUUUUCCAAACAACAAUUCCCACAAAUCAGUAUGCUCUCUGGUUUAGAGUAUCUAAACCUUUCUGAAACUAAUCUCAUUGGUCACAUUCCCAUUGAAAUCUCACUGUUGAGCAAUUUGAGAACACUUGAUCUGUCCAAAAACCAUCUCACCAGUCAUAUUCCUCUUCUGAGUAUUAAGAACCUCCAAGAAUUUGAUGUUUCAUACAACAAUUUAAGUGGAGAGAUCCCAUUAUCACUCAUAGAAAAACUCCCUUGGAUGGAAAGGUUCAACUUCUCUUAUAACAACUUGACCCUUUGUGCUUCAGACUUCACGCCCGAAACCCUCAGAUCAGCUUUCAUUGGAUCAUCAAACAGUUGCCCAAUAGCUGCAAACCCAGGUCUAUUCAAAAGAAAAGCUUCAAAGCAUAGGGGCCUCAAGCUUGCUCUGGCUUUAACCCUAUCAAUGGUCUGUUUGCUUGCGGGGUUGCUAUUUUUAGCAUUUGGUUGUCGAAGGAAAACGAGAAUGUGGGUAGUGAAACAGAAUUCUUACAAAGAAGAACAAAAUGUUUCUGGCCCCUUUUCAUUCCAGACUGAUUCAACCACAUGGGUAGCUGAUGUUAAGCACGCAACAUCAGUCCCAGUGGUGAUUUUUGAGAAGCCAUUGUUGAAUUUCACAUUUGCAGAUCUCUUGUCUGCAACUUCGCAUUUCGAUAGGGGCACUUUGUUGGCUGAAGGGAGGUUUGGGCCUGUUUAUAGAGGAUUUCUACUAGGUGGGAUUCAUGUGGCCGUUAAGGUCUUGGUCCAUGGAUCCACCAUGACAGACCAAGAAGCUGCACGAGAGCUCGAGUAUCUUGGUCGUAUCAAACACCCUAAUCUUGUUCCAUUGACAGGAUACUGCUUGGCUGGAGAGCAAAGGAUUGCCAUUUAUGAUUAUAUGGAGAAUGGAAAUUUGCAGAAUUUGCUUCAUGAUCUGCCGCUUGGGGUUCAAACUACAGAAGAUUGGAGCACAGAUACAUGGGAAGAAGAUGACAAUAAUGGGAUUCAAAAUGUUCGGUCUGAAGGCUUGUUCACAACUUGGAGAUUUAGGCAUAAAGUUGCACUUGGUACUGCACGAGCGUUCGCAUAUCUCCACCAUGGCUGCUCACCUCCCAUUAUUCACAGAGACGUCAAAGCUAGUAGUGUUUAUCUUGAUUCAAAUUUGGAGCCAAGACUGUCUGAUUUUGGACUGGCAAAGAUUUUUGGUCAUGGCCUUGUAGAUGAGAUUGCUCGUGGAUCACCGGGGUAUGUCCCACCUGAGUUUCUUCAGCCAGAAACUGGCUCUCCAAGGGCCCCAACUCCAAAAUCUGAUGUUUAUGGAUUUGGGAUCAUUCUUUUUGAGCUCAUUACCGGGAAAAAGCCCAUUGGAGAUGAUUAUCCAGAGAAGAAAGAAGCAACUUUGGUCAGUUGGGUGAGAGGAUUAGUAAGGAAGAAUCAGGGGUCAAGAGCUAUUGAUCCAAAAAUUCACGGAACAGGACCGGAGAUCCAAAUGGAGGAGGCUUUGAAGAUUGGAUAUCUAUGCACGGCUGACCUUCCUUCAAAGCGGCCAAGUAUGCAGCAGGUAGUUGGACUUCUUAAGGAUAUUGAACCAGUUACGCAACUUUGAAGACAGUGAAGAAAACUUAGAAGAGUUUGGUUCCUUGCAAUUUUUCUGAUCCGUUCUUUACUUUGAUUUUUUGAGUCCUGUUUUGCUGCUUUGGGGGAUUGUACAGUAGUUCUUAGAUAUUUGUUUGGGCUUUGCCAUCAUUCUCUUUAACCUUACCAUUAUUGGUGGCAGAAAAGCUUAAUUUAUAAACAUGAAUUGAUCCUUGGAAGCAAUAUUCUUCAUACAUUUUUCAUUUGCC